GAGCUCCGCUCACCCGCCUGCUCCGCUCCGAGGUUGCCGUGGGUUGCUUGGUCCGGCUCUGCCAGCAUCGGAAACGCAGGUUUUAACUUCUCGUCCUGGAAACUGUGCAUCACCAUAAUGAGGCUUGUAAUUCUUGAUAACUAUGACUUGGCCAGUGAGUGGGCAGCCAAGUACAUCUGUAAUCGCAUCAUUCAGUUCAAGCCCGGUCAGGAUAGAUACUUUACACUGGGCUUACCUACAGGGAGUACGCCUUUAGGAUGUUAUAAAAAACUAAUAGAAUUUCAUAAGAAUGGAGACCUCUCAUUUAAAUAUGUGAAGACCUUUAACAUGGAUGAAUAUGUAGGACUUCCCAGAAAUCAUCCUGAAAGCUACCAUUCAUAUAUGUGGAAUAACUUUUUUAAGCAUGUUGAUAUAGAUCCUAAUAAUGCUCAUAUACUUGAUGGGAAUGCUACAGAUUUACAAGCAGAAUGUGAUGCUUUUGAAAAAAAAAUAAAAGAAGCUGGAGGAAUUGAUCUUUUUGUUGGAGGAAUAGGUCCAGAUGGCCAUAUCGCUUUCAAUGAGCCAGGAUCCAGUUUAGUUUCAAGGACAAGAUUAAAAACUCUAGCAAUGGACACCAUUUUGGCCAAUGCAAAAUAUUUUGAUGGAGAUUUGUCGAAGGUGCCAACUAUGGCUCUUACAGUUGGUGUGGGGACAGUAAUGGAUGCCAGAGAAGUUAUGAUCCUCAUAACAGGUGCACAUAAGGCCUUUGCCCUCUACAAAGCAAUAGAAGAAGGAGUCAAUCACAUGUGGACUGUUUCCGCUUUUCAGCAGCAUCCCCGAACGAUUUUUGUGUGUGAUGAAGAUGCCACUUUAGAACUAAGAGUUAAAACUGUGAAAUACUUUAAAGGUUUAAUGCAUGUGCACAAUAAACUUGUGGAUCCACUAUACAGUAUGAAAGAAGGAAAUUGAAGGAGAUUGGAGCAAAAUUCUGCUUGAAUGAACAGAACAAUUUCAUAAGUAGGAAAUGAAUUUUCAGCUAUGCAAUAUGAUAAAACUUGGGAGUUUUUUUAAGAUUGUCAGUUUUUGGCUUCCAACAUCUUUUUGUUAAAACAUUCCACAUUUGGAAAUUGUCCAUUUUAUACUAAGGUUUAGAAGUCAGUGGCUUUCUCAACUAAUCAUCUCUUUAUCGAAUGAAAUCACAUAACUACCCUAUAAAACAUGAUAGAGAUGAAAUAUCCGCCUGUUUAAAAUUUAAAGACUCAUUUUAAGGUAAAGAUUCUUUAUGUACCAUUCAUUAUUGUAGUGACAUUCUUAAAUCUGUUUCUUAAUCAUAUGAAGACACUCCAAGGCCCUUCGGGAACCAAACUAUCAUAGCAAACCUUUAGUUUUGGAACACUAGUAUAUCUUGUGUGCAUUUCACAUAGGCUUUCUGCACGUGGUUGCCUUAAUCAUCUUCUGCAAUAGCACAUGGACAUUGAAAGUCCUCCUAUAGAUUGUUGUAUACAGAAUUAAGAGAAGACAGUGCCUAAAAGUACAGUUUAUGUUCUUUUGGAAAGUAUGUAUAUGUGCAUGUUUUCUGUGCACAUUCUUCUCUAGCACUUUUUUAUAAAUGUGCUUAUUUUCAUUUAAUGACUUGGGUUAUUGCUCUUAAAAGAAAUAUUUUGGCAAUAAUGAGCUUUAUAACUAGUAAUUCACUUGAGGGAAAUUCCAUAGAAAAUUUUCAAAUUAUUGUUAAAUCUCAUAAAUGACUAGCUUUAUUCCUUAUAUAUAAAGAUAAAAUGAUUUAGUCAUAUUAAACUAAUUACUGUAAACUAUUUUAAAUUGCAAUAAUUUGCAUCAUUAAAUUGCAAAUAAAAGUACAUUGUUUACUAUCUUUAACUCAAAUAAAGCUUAUUAAUAAAAAAUUAAGUUAUCUACAUUUUAUUUCCAGAAAUUGAAGAUUACAUGCAUCGGAGAGAUCACAACAGUUAUUUUGGUAGCUGUGUCUGCAUUUAUCUUUUGUUUGAUGCUAUAGUAUAAUUGGUUUUCUCUAAGGACAUAAUGCCCAUAAAUUCUCAGUCUUGUUCAACAGGAGGGUUAAA